CGACUAUUGGUCGUGUCCGGAUCCGACGACAGGGAAAGCGAAAUCCGCUGCCACCUGGUCGAGGUACGCCUGUCAGAGGUCCGUGAAGCCGAAAAUGGGUACACGGCGCUUUCGUACGCGUGGGGAACCGGGGACCGCAACUGUGAGAUAUGGAUCGGGGCACACAAGUGUCUCAUCAAUCCCAAUCUCGAGUCGGCACUCCGCCAUCUGCGCUGCCAGGACCGUCCCAUCCGACUCUGGAUCGAUGCGCUCUGUAUCAACCAGACGGAUCUCCUCGAGCGCAACCAGCAGGUACAGCAGAUGCGCAGCAUAUACGCCGCAGCCUCGGAGACAGUCAUCUACCUCGGAGCCCAGGAUGGUGGCAACACCGGCCGCUCUGCUUGGAACUUUCUCGAACGGAAUAGCUCCUGGGCCUGGAAUGACCACCAGGACCGUGACUACACAUUGAGGGAUGUCGAAAUUGACGUGCUAUCCCGGCCAUGGUUCCGAAGACUUUGGGUUUUCCAGGAGGCCGUGGUCUCGAGAUGCUUGUCUAUACAGUGCGGUCCUCGGCGCAUCGCCUGGGACGACUUCUGC